AUGGUCUCGUGGCUCGCCACGCUCGCCUUCACUGCCUCUGAAGAAGCCGUGCUUGCUGUGGCUGCUGCCACACCCGUCGGCGUUUACUUCCGACCUCCAUUCUCCAUGACGUCCGGACGACCCGGUGAUCUGGCGCCGUUCCGACGCUCGCCGUGCCCCGCCAUCAACACGCUGGCCAACCACGGAUACCUCCCGCGCGACGGCAAGAACAUCACGGUAAAGAUGGCGCUAGCGGCGGUGCGGGACAAGUUCAACAUCGCCGAGGAUCUGGCCGCUGUUAUCCGCACCCUGACCCCCGCGCAGUUCGAUCUGAACGACCUGGCCAAGCACAACGACCCGAUCGAGCACGACGCGUCGCUGUCGCGCUCAGACGUGUACUUCGGUGAGGACCAGGGCUUCGCGUCGCUCGGCCUCGUCACCAACAUGCUUGCGUAUGGAGUCGACGGUCAGAUCGACGUGACCGAUGUGGCCAAGAUCCGCGCUACUCAAGUCGCCUACGGACGGAAAAACAACCCAGAGUUUGACUACAGCUCUACUCCGGCAUUCAUCGGUAGUGCCGAGUCGGCUCUCCUGCUGCGAGGCCUGGGCGGGCAGAACGGCAACUACUCGAAGACCUCGUUUGUGGCGACCUUCUUCUUGCUCGAGACGUUCCCCCUGGACUGGCAGAAGUCCCCCACGGAGAUCACGUACCCGGAUGUGCUUGCGACGAUCUCAUACCUUAACGCAGUGCAAGCUUAA